GUUCUUCUUCUUCUACUCAGGGUCGGACGUCAUUCGACAGUUCAGUUCAAAAAAGGCCGUCGAGAUGUCAAGAAGCAUUUUUUCCGCGCUGUAUUUUCUCUGAAAAUCCCAGUGUUUCCGUCUCCAAAUCUCCCCUAAAGGGCGGACACCGACGUCAAUCGGUGCCUUUUUUUUACGCGGACGAAUUUGUUCAGUGCAUCCGUUGCUCCACAACUGCUUUGGAUAAAAAAAAAAAAGAAGAGAAAAGAAAAUUCUAAUUCGCCACAUAAAGAAAACAAGCCGUGUGAUUUGGGAAAUUACGCGUCGCUCUCCUUCCUUUAGAAGAUUUCUCUGGGUUUUCAAGAAACAAUUUUAAUUUAUUGAUGCCUCACCUUGCAACGUCACCAGGCCAAAUUCUCACCGGAUUACGCUAUAUAUGCAUUGGAUGUUAACACAAGAAUUUUGGAUUAAUCAAAAUAGUCCCCAACAUUGUGUUGCAGUUCCCAUUUAACCCAAUAUCAUCUCAACAAGUACAAAAAAACAACCACAAGUUUCUUUCUAAUCUUUAAGAUUUUCAUAAAUUGUCAAGAAAAAAAAAUGCUCAAAAUUAUGCUUAAAUUGCGUUUUAUGUGAAAAUUAUUUUAAGUUUUUAAUUAAUUAGUUUUUUUGUGAAAUAAGGAACUGCUUCGAAACAUCAUCGAGCCAUUUUUGUACAUAAAAAAAAACUGCUUCGGUUGGAGGAAGAAUUUUACGCAUUAAUUGAUAUUGGAUUACAUUGUGAAAUAAUAUUUAGAGAGAGAGAAAGAAAAGGGGGUGAAGCAUCGUUGAAGGGUGUGAUUUCACAAGUUUACAAAAUUGCACACAACAGUGGACCACAGGGUUAUUACUAAACACAGUGAGUUAGGUUUUUGUUUAGGUGUUAUAUGCAAGUGAUUCACAGUUGUAAGUGAGUGCUCAACUGAGAAGGAAGUGAUUUUAACAGUGAACUAGGAAGAAAAGAAAGAAGUUUGUGAAUUUAUUGUUGCAAAAAUGGAAGCAACUUUUCGUACACCAAUCGUACCGAAUGCCUUCAGUCGCAUUUCACCGACCAAUAAGCCCGAUGAGGUACAACCGGGGGUCAAUGGGGUCAGUGGUGGUGAGCAGAAGAAAUGCUUCCACCAUCGACUAUCCCACUGUGGUCGUUUCCCGAUGCACACGCAGCAGUGCCAGCAACGGGUUAUGCGAGUACCAGCUACGACGAAUACGGAGGGUGCAGCGGGAACACCGGAAAAUGGGGGUGCUGCUGCAGGGAAUGCAGCUGCUCCCCACGGUGUAAUCCUACCACCGGCAAAUGCAGCCCUCCUUGCUGAGCGGUACCUUCUGCUAGAUCUCGUGGAUGGUGGUUCGCUCUACAAGUGUGUCGACGUGAAGACCCAUGAGGAGCUUGUUUGCAAGAUUGCGAAUAAUCCCUGCUCAAAUUUGCUGACAGCCCAUUUUCGUCUCGAUGGACAUGCUCAUAUAAAUCCAUUGCAGAAAGUCAUUCAAGGAUCCAAUCAAACUUAUCUCUUCUUCACGCCAUCGCAGGGUGAUCUCCAUUCCUAUGUGCGCGUCCGUAAGCGUCUCCGUGAAGUGGAAGCACGACGUUUGUUCCGCCAAAUGUGUGAAACGGUGAAAGCAUGUCACGAACAAGGGAUCGUUUUGAGAGAUCUCAAACUUCGAAAGUUUAUUUUCGCCGAUGAAGACAAAACACACUUAAGAUUAGAGUCACUAGAGGAUGCCGUAGUUUUGGAUAACCCGGCUGAGGAUCUACUGCAAGAUAAACGAGGGUGUCCCGCCUAUGUAUCACCGGAAAUCCUUAAGGCGAACACAACGUAUUCGGGAAAGGCGGCUGAUAUGUGGUCACUUGGUGUCAUUUUGUACACAAUGCUAGUUGGACGCUAUCCAUUUAAUGACUCGGAGCACGCAUCGCUCUUUGCCAAAAUAUCACGAGGACAUUUCCAAGUGCCGGAAUGUCUGACAUCCAAGGCACGGUGUAUGAUCCGGGCGCUUUUGCGGCGAGAUCCAGAGGAGAGAAUAACGUCCGAUGAUAUUCUGUAUCAUCCAUGGUUGCUCCAUGAGGACAGCAGGGAAGCAAGUAGGGCGUCUGGGGAUCAGUGUGUACCGGAAAUUGAUGAAUCCGGUGAUGAGGAUGAUGACAAGUAGUUAGGUUCACAGCUGGUAAAUUGGUGAAAGAGAACGCAAGACGUUGAGCAGAUAAAACCAACAGCUUUAUCACUUUAUUAAAAGAAAAAAAGCAAAAAAAUGCAGAAAAGGAAAUUUUAACACACAAAAAAUAUUAUAUUGAGAAAAUCUCUCGAUUUUUCAGAGAAAUCCGUGCGAUUUGUUAAUAAUUGUUACAUUUUUUUUUUUAAUUUUUAAUUUAAAUCUUAUUUAGUUCUGCCACACACACGGAAAACAUGAGAACGAUUUUAUAAUUUUUACUUUUUAUUUAAAAGAAGACGAAAAGAAAAGAAAAAAACAAGAUAGAUGUGUGAGGGAGGUUUUUUUUUUAAUUAAUAAUUUUUAAACUAUACUGAAUUGUGAUUUUUCUCCAUAAUUUAAUUUUUUUUCUUUUUAAAAAAUAUUAUGUUAUUUAUAACGCAAUGAAAUUAUUGAGAGAACAAUGUGCGGUAUAUUAUUAUUCUUAUGUAAUUUAGAAAACAAAAAAAGAUGAAUUAUGGAAAUGCUAAUUAAUGAAAUGCCAUGAAAUUUUAGGGAGCUCUAAAGCUCAUCCUCCCCCUCCUUUCUAUUGUGAGAAUUUCCAAUGAAAUUUAUAAUUUAGAAUUUUAUCUGAAUUUUGCAAAUUAUACUUUUUUUUUAAAUUGCAAAUAAAAGAAGAAAAGAAUAUUUUUUAUUUGCAAAGAAUUUCUCAAUUUUAUUGAGAUCUUUAUUAUUUUAUUUUCAAAAUAUUAAUACAGAUAACAGCAAACACGAAAAAAAUCAAGAAGCAAAAAAUGUGCAAUUUUUAUCUAUCACAUUCUAAUGAAAAAUAAUGCUAAGAGAACUUUUUUUUAGCGUUAGAAACCCAGAAUUGCCAUCCCAAGAUGUAGAGAAAUAAUCACAAUCUCUAUUAUACCUACAAUUUUAUUCACAAGAAAUCCGAAAAAUCUAUCCCCAAUAUUUCAAUGAAAAAAGAAAUUUUAAAAUAACUUUUAAAGACGCGAUGUGAUGGAAUAAAAAAAAUGAAUUUUAUUAUCUAUAAAUCCCCCAAAAAAAAUCCGUAGAAUGGAUUCAUUUUAAGAUGAGGUAAAUGAGAUAGGAAAGAAAAAAAAAAGAAAAGAAAAUUGAUUUUAUAAUCAGAGAUAAAAAAAAAUGAGAAAUACAAAUUUUUCUUGUAUAGAAAUUUUUAUUCAAUGUAAAUGGAGUUUAUAUAGAAAUUUAUUUUAACUUAAAUGAAGAUGAUGAAAAAACAUACAAUUUACUUUUAGAUAAAAUGGACUUUUUAAAUGUAAGAAAAAAUAAAAAAAUGAAGUAAAUUUAAAAGUGGUUUGUAAUUUUAAAUGUCAUAACAUUUCAGUGUCAUGUAAUUUAUAACAAUAUUAUGCCUAAUAUUCUUCCCCGAUCGAACAGAAAAAAAAAUAAAGAAAUGUUGAUAAAAUAGAUAAAAA